GCUGCUUGUAAGUAGCUAACAAAAUUGCAGCUAAAGUGCAUUUCCAUUUCUGAUGCAGCAUCUGUUUGUGUUGAAUCCAUGUAGAAAUUGAGGUUGCUUCUUGUUAUUUUAAUUUACGUUUGUGACUCUAAUUCCCAUUUUGUGGGUUCCCGUAUACCUAGAAUACAUUUUUCAAUAAUUGUGAUUCUAAACGAGAAAUAAUGUCAAAUGCUGAAGGUGGAGGAAGUUCCAAGGAAACUGAUGAAGAAAAUGGUGAAAGUGAAUGUGAAGUAGGCUUAGUUGAAAGAGUAAUAGAAGAUUCCUGUCAAAUUCCUUCUAAUGAUGAAGCAUGUAGUGCAAAUGAAACACUUAGGCCUACUACAUCAGGAAAAGAACCCGAAAAAAUCGAGCAAGAUGGAGAGGCUAGUGAAGGAACAAACGCUGAAGGCUCAUCAAAUGCAGAUCAACGGAUUUCCGAGAGUUCAGAAACAACCGUUGACAACGAUGUCGGUUUUGCCAGAAGACGAAGGAGUGUUGGGAGGCAAUAUCGACGGAGAAGUGGAGCAGACGAGUCAUCUGAAGAGGAUGCAAUGUCGUCUGAUGACUCUGAGUGGUUACCGUCUCGUGGCCCUUACCAACACUUGCAACACUUGCUGUCCAGGUCAUCGUCAGACUCGAGUAAUAAUCUGUCGAUGGAGUGUCAAGCCAGCGAAGACGACAAACCGACACCCAAAGUUCUCCUCAAGUGUAAGCCUAAACACAAGUGGUUUGCCAUGAGAGAAAUUGUGGGCAGGGAAACAGGUUGGAGUGCUCGCUUUCAAGGUCCAGAAAGAUUUCAGCAUCGAUAUUACGGAUCUUUACAUGCAGUACAGCGGUUAGAACUCAUGUAUAAAUUAGACGAACAUCGAGGAUGUGUUAAUAGCCUAAAUUUUAACAGGUCUGGACAACUACUAGCCAGCGCCAGUGAUGAUAAGAGAGUCGUGUUGUGGGACUGGGCUGCGGACAGGUCUAUACUGAGCUUUGACAGCGGUCACAGCGGAAAUGUGUUCCAGGCAAAAUUCCUGCCACUGAGUGGCGACAGGCACAUUGUAACUUGCGCUCGAGAUGGCCAAGUGCGUCUGAGCGUUUUGAGUGGCAUGGGAGUGUGUAAAGGCACUCGGCUGUUGGCGCACCACCAACGACCUACACACAAGCUGGCGAUUCACCCCAACACACCACAUGAGUUCCUCAGUGCAGGGGAGGAUGGUCUAAUUCUCAGCCACGAUGUCCGCUCCAACAAAUCCCACAGAGUGACCAUUGUGAAAGAAGCAAGCAAGAAGGUGGGGUUGUACAGCAUCCAAAGCAACCCUGCGUUCAGCGAUGAGUUUAUUGUGACUGGUGAAGACCAGUACAUCCGACUAUACGACAGACGGAAGAUCUCGAAUGGAGUCCCUUUAAAAAAGUUCUGCCCUGUUCAUCUGUUAAAGUCAGAUUCGCUGCUGCAUGUAACUUGCGCCGUGUUCAACUGUAAUGGUACAGAAGUGAUCGGGUCAUACAACGAUGAUGACAUUUACCUUUUCGACACAAGACUUCCACCUGGCACGGACUACCAGCAUAAAUACGAGGGACAUCGGAACAGUAUGACAGUCAAAGGUGUGAACUUCUUCGGACCCAGAAGUGAGUUUAUAGUCUCAGGUUCCGACUGUGGCAACAUCUUCUUCUGGGACAAGAGUACAGAGGCAAUCGUGCAAUGGAUGAGGGGAGAUGAAGACGGAGUGGUGAAUUGUCUGGAACCACAUCCCCAAGUUCCCAUCAUUGCUACAAGUGGAUUGGACUACGACAUCAAGAUCUGGGUGCCGUCUUGUGAACAAGAGCCGACACUGAAGGGGCUUAGAUCUACAGUCAUAGGGAACCAAGGUAAUCGUGAGCAUUACCGAAGCCGAACGUCCGAUCCCUUCGACCACCGACAGAUGAGAUGGCUAUGGCAGCAGAUACAGCGGUUCGAGCGAAUAAGGGGUGCUCCGAAUACCUCUACCACUCGUGGGGAAGGAGAGGGGGGUGAGCCUGGCAGCAGCCCAGGACAAGUUGUGUCGUCUACCUCCAACAGCUCUGACGAAGAGGCUGAUGGAGUGAGACCUCAAUGUACACCAUCGUAGGACUCAAGACUGUUUUGCUGAUCUUUUCCCUUCUUGGUAUUUCUCUAUUGUCAGGCCUCCAAUAAAAAAAAAAAACACUCGGACUGUGAUAAAGUGUUUAUAUUGUAAAUAAUUAUUUACUUGAUAUAUAUAUAUAUAUAUAUAUGUUAUAUAUUAUUGAAUAGAUGAUUUAACAUUUCCUAAAAAAUACCACUUUCUAGCGAAUAAUUGAAGUCUUUAGACUUUGGUUAAAACAAAAUUUAAGCACGUAUUUUAUGUUAUUUUCCAAUUUAUUGUGCUAACAGCUGUGUCAUGUAGUACACAUUUUAAUACAAGCCAUUUCUUUUAAGCUACAAUUUUAACAACAAACUUUGUCUAGAGCUCUUAUUUGAGUUGUAACUCAAGGACCUAUGUGAACAAUUAGUAAUGAAACAAGACCAAAUAGGUGUUGUCUGAAAACAGUAAAACUGUUAAAAAGAGUCUGCUAGGCUCUGAGUAGCAAAUAGGAGAAAAAUAAGCUUUGUUUCUAUCAUGAAAUGGUUUCUAUAUAGGUUCCCAUGCAAAACUCAGGCAAGAAAUUCAAGUAUGCUAUCAUUUUGUUAGUAAAAAUUGUCAUUACUGUACCAUAUUAACCAAGUCAACUGCUGAAUUCCGCCAUAGACAAAUAGAAUAAAUAUCACUCUUAAGGAAGUUUCCGGCACUCACCGCUAGGAGUGCCGUGUAGUUACGGUGCACACCGCUGCAGGCGAGGAGCGCAGGAGCCGUAUGUAACCAGCAGACGCUGCAGCAGUGUGUGACGUAACUACACGGCAAACCUAACGGUGGACGCCAGAACCGCCACACGGUGGUGCGCUGUAUGCUAACCGCAGCACAGCUGAUGGUCUAUAUUUAUUUUAUUUGUCUAUGAUGCCGCAGACCAAAUAUUUAGGGAUCUGUCUAGUCUUGGUUUUAUAUUUGCUUUUUUAAGUUAAAAUCCUCUACAAUACAGAAAAACUUCUACCGAAAUAACAGCUAAGCGGUUUUGUAUAACUUAUUCUUCGGUUAAUCAAUGGUUGGAAACUAAGGUUAUUUUGGUUCAAUGGUCUGUAAUUUUUUUACAUUAUUUUCAUUACCGUUCUUUUAAAAUCUACAUUUAUAUAGACAAAAUAUAUCAAACUUAUUGACAAGUUUCUGAUGACUUUGGGUUGCCAAUUAGUUGACCCAUGCUAAGGACAAUUCCCGUUGCCUAGCCAAUGUUCCGAGUUGAGGUUAGAGCUGUGUCAAAAACUGAACACACAUCUAGUUUGUUAUUCACUAUUAAUUAAUUUAUUAUUAUUUUUAAAACUAAUUUUAUAUCAUGUGUUUUGUGUUAAAUUAUAGUAGAUGUAAUAUUUAAUUUGACUUAAAAAAAACAUUUUAGGUAGUGUGAAUUUAACAGAGUGAGUUUUUCAUGUAUUUGUAACGUUUAACACAAAUGUUUUAAAUUAUUUAUUUGUGUCACAACUUUGUCUUGGCAGUUUUACAAAAAUUAUGUUUGAAACAAAUUGAAUUUUUUAAUGUACUGUA